CCGAUCGCAGUUAUAUAGCAACAUUGAAGCAAUCAACAUCACCGCAAAACAAAGAUGCUUGAAAUUACUUUGACCCUGGUGCUGGUGCUUGUGGGCGUCGUCUAUGUAUUUAUGACAUGGAACUUUGGCUACUGGCAGAAGCGAAAUGUUCCCGGUCCGAAACCGAAGAUCUUUACUGGCAACUAUCCCAAUAUGUACACAAUGAAGAAGCAUGUAAUCUACGACAUUGAUAAAAUAUAUCGUGACUACAAACAGCAGUAUGACGCCGUCGGCGUUUAUGGUGCAAGGAGUCCUCAGUUGAUGGUCAUUAGCCCUGAGUUGGCCCGACGUGUCUUCGUCUCAGAUUUUAAGAGUUUCCACGACAAUGAACUUUCCCUAAUGAUCAAUGAAAAGACCGACUUUAUAUUUGCCAACAAUCCAUUCUCUCUGGUGGGUGAAGAGUGGAAAAGUCGAAGGGCUGACGUCACUCCUGGACUAACACCAGGUCGAAUAAAGACUGUCUAUCCGGUUACUAAUGAAGUUUGUUCGAAAAUGUCCAACUGGCUAGAGAAGCAAAUACAAGCAUCUCCUCCAGAGGGAAUCAAUGCCAAGGAUUUGUGUCUGCGCUUCACCACUGAAAUGGUCACUGAUUGUGUAUUGGGUUUGAAGGCGGAGAGCUUCACGGAUAACCCUACACCUAUUAUGGGUCACAUCAAGGAUCUCUUUACACAGCCUUGGACCUUCUUAUUAUACUUUGUCUUAAUUAGCACCUUCCCAGCACUGCGGGCAUUGAUCAAGCUACGCUUCAUUCCGCUCGCCACUGAAAAAUUUUUCGUUAGUCUCAUGCAAGGAGCAAUUGAUGCCCGACGUGCUCAGCUGUCUGCUGGAAAGCAAUUUGAGCGCGUAGACUUCCUUGAUUAUAUACUACAGUUGGCAGAGAAAAGGAAUCUGGACACACGUCGUUUGACUGCUCACACCAUGACAUUCCUCUUGGAUGGAUUCGAGACAACAGCUGGCGUGUUGAGUCAUCUCCUCAUGUUGCUCGGACGGAAUCAACAAGCACAGCAGCGUCUGCGGGAUGAGAUCAAAGCUCAUCUGAAUACUCAAGGUGUUGUUGAGUUUGAUAAGCUCAAUGAGUUGCCCUUCCUGGAUGCUUGUGUUCAAGAAAGCAUUCGUCUUUUCCCACCUGCCUUCAUGUCCAAUAAACUUUGCACUGAGACCAUUGAAUUGCCCAACAAGAACGGUGAUAACUUUACAGUGGAGCCUGGCACCACAGUAAUUGUGCCCCAUUAUUGUUUCAUGGUGGACGAAGAGCACUUUCCCAAUCCACAGGAAUUCCAGCCUGAUCGCUUCAUGCAACCAGAUGCUGCCAAAAUGUAUCGAGAGCGUGGCGUCUUCAUGGGAUUCGGCGAUGGUCCACGCGUCUGCAUAGGUAUGCGCUUUGCUUUAGCUCAAAUCAAGGCAGCCACCGUCGAGUUACUAACCAAGUUCGAUGUUCAUGUCAAUCCGAAGACUCGCAAAGACAAUUCGUUCGAGCCCACAUCUUUAAUUACGACUCUUGAGGGUGGCAUUUGGUUGGAUUUCAAGCAACGACAAUAAAACCACAAGCAGCAUCUUUUUAUAUAUGCAUGACUGCUUAUUCAUUUAAUAAGCAAAUAAAUAUACUAAAAGUGCUACAAUGCAUAUCAAUUAGAUCAUUAUCUAUACAUCAAUAUCGAAUUGAUGCCGCACCCUUGCAACUGUAUGGCGCAGUUACAUUGAACAGUGCUGACUCAUCUGGCAAGCUUAUGAGUAUGAGUUCAAUUAAAAUAAAAUAAUGUUGACAUAUUUGCUCAUUUAAAUAACAAUUCAAUUAUUAUUAAAAAUCAACAAAAUACUCAUCUUCCAUGUAUAAA